AUGAAGAUUCUAGUUACAGGAGCAGCCGGUUUCAUAGCAUCACAUACAGUUUUAGAAUUAUUAGAAGCUAAUUAUGAUGUUCUUUGUAUAGAUAAUUUUUCUAAUUCAAUUGAAGAUGAGAAUGGUGAGGCUAUCUCAUUGAAACGCGUAUCACAAUUGACUGGAAAAAAGAUCGAUUUUAUUAAAUGUGAUUGUACUGAUAUUGAUGCACUUGAAAAAGUUUUUAAGGAAAAUAAAUUUGAUGGAGUUGUUCAUUUGGCAGCUUUAAAAGCUGUUACUGAAUCAGUUCAGUUUCCAUUAAUGUAUUAUGAAAAUAAUCUUAUUUCUUCACUUAAUCUUUUAAAGUUAUGUACUAAAUAUAAUAUUAAAAAUUUUGUUUUUUCAAGUUCAGCAACUGUCUAUGGACCACCAGAGGAAUUACCUUUAACUGAAAAUAGUCGAGUUGGAUGUGGAUUGACAAAUCCAUAUGGUCAGACUAAAUAUAUGAUUGAACAGGUUUUAAGAGAUAUAGCAAUUUCUGAUAAAGAAUGGAAUAUUAUUUUACUUCGAUAUUUUAAUCCUGUUGGAGCACAUCAAUCUGGUUUAAUUGGUGAAGAUCCAAAAGGAAUUCCUAAUAAUUUGAUGCCUUAUAUUGCUCAAGUUGCUGUUGGAAAAUUACCAUAUCUUAAUGUAUAUGGUACAGAAUUUGAUACAAUUGACGGUACCGGUGUAAGAGAUUACAUACAUAUAGUAGACUUAGCCAAAGGUCAUGUUGCAGCAUUUGAUAGAAUUAAAAAAAUGAAAACUAUUGGUUUAGAAACAUAUAACCUUGGAACUGGAACUGGAUAUUCUGUUCUUCAAAUGGUAGCUGGUAUGGAAAAGGCAUGUGGACAUAAAAUUGAAAUUAAAAAAUCAGUACCUCGUCCUGGUGAUGUUGCUUCAGUUUAUUGUGAUCCUACUCUUGCAGGAGAGAAAUUAGGUUGGAAAGCAAACUUUGGAAUAAAUGAGAUGUGUAGAGAUAUGUGGAAUUGGCAAUCAAAAAAUCCUAAUGGAUACUUAUCUUAA